UGGCGCCGGGGCACUUGUUUGGCGCGCGCGCCCUAAGCUUUGGGGCUGAGCUAGUGUCUUGGGAUUUCUCUUAUUUCUCCUUGCUUUUUGCCUUUCUCCGGUCGCUGUUGUCUCCGAUUUUCGAUAUGCCGUCUUCUUUGUUGGGCUCGGCAAUGCCGGCGUCCACGUCGGCCGCAGCCCUGCAGGAAGCUUUGGAAAAUGCGGGGCGGCUCAUCGACCGUCAGUUACAAGAAGACCGCAUGUACCCGGACCUUUCCGAUCUGCUCAUGGUGUCUGCCCCAAAUAAUCCCACUGUUUCUGGCAUGUCAGAUAUGGAUUAUCCUCUACAAGGACCUGGUUUGCUGUCAGUACCCAACCUGCCAGAGAUCAGUUCCAUUCGAAGAGUUCCUCUCCCACCUGAACUUGUUGAACAGUUUGGACAUAUGCAGUGUAACUGCAUGAUGGGCGUGUUCCCUGCUAUCAGUAGAGCUUGGCUCACAAUCGACAGUGACAUAUUUAUGUGGAACUACGAAGAUGGAGGAGACCUUGCCUAUUUUGAUGGACUUAAUGAGACUAUUCUUGCUGUGGGACUUGUGAAACCAAAAGCUGGCAUAUUUCAACCUCACGUACGACAUCUUCUGGUUUUGGCAACCCCUGUGGAUAUAGUGAUUCUUGGACUCAGUUAUACUAAUUUGCAAACAGGUUCUGGAGUUCUCAAUGACAGUAUGUGUGGUGGAAUGCAGUUACUUCCAGAUCCUUUAUAUUCUCUUCCUACUGAUAAUACUUACCUUUUAACAAUAACUUCCACUGAUAAUGGCAGAAUUUUCUUGGCUGGAAAGGAUGGCUGUUUAUAUGAAGUAGCAUACCAAGCAGAAGCAGGCUGGUUUAGCCAGAGGUGUAGGAAAAUAAACCACUCAAAGAGUGCACUUUCUUUCCUUGUUCCUUCGUUACUACAGUUCACAUUCUCAGAAGAUGAUCCUAUUGUUCAAAUUGCAAUUGAUAAUUCAAGAAAUAUUUUAUAUACACGAUCGGAGAAAGGAGUAAUACAGGUGUAUGAUUUGGGCCAUGAUGGACAAGGAAUGAACAGAGUUGCCUCAGUGUCACAGAAUUCUAUUGUUUCUGCUGCUGGAAACAUUGCUAGGACCAUAGAUCGUUCUGUUUUUAAACCAAUUGUUCAAAUAGCAGUGAUUGAAAACUCCGAAUCACUGGACUGUCAGUUAUUGGCUGUCACACAUGCAGGUGUAAGACUAUAUUUCAGCACUUGUCCGUUCAGACAGCCAUGGACACGCCCUAAUACAUUGACACUGGUCCACAUCCGCUUACCUCCUGGAUUCUCAGCAUCUUCAACGGUGGAAAAGCCUUCAAAAGUACAUAAAGCUCUUUAUAGUAAAGGUAUUCUACUGAUGGCAGCCUCAGAAAAUGAAGAUAAUGACAUUUUGUGGUGUGUCAACCAUGAUACAUUUCCUUUCCAAAAGCCAAUGAUGGAAACCCAGAUGACUACUCGUGUUGAUGGUCAUUCCUGGGCUCUUUCUGCAAUAGAUGAGUUCAAAGUAGAUAAGAUAAUCACACCCUUAAAUAAGGAUCAUAUUCCCAUAACUGACUCACCAGUUGUUGUACAGCAGCACAUGUUGCCUCCAAAGAAGUUUGUUCUCCUCUCAGCACAGGGGAGUCUUAUGUUUCAUAAACUUAGACCUGUAGAUCAACUGAGGCAUCUACUUGUGAGUAAUGUGGGUGGAGAUGGAGAAGAGAUUGAAAGAUUCUUUAAAUUACAUCAGGAAGACCAGGCCUGUGCAACUUGCCUUAUUCUUGCUUGUUCCACUGCUGCCUGUGACAGAGAAGUAUCUGCUUGGGCCACUCGGGCUUUCUUCAGGUAUGGUGGUGAAGCACAGAUGAGAUUUCCAGCCACUCUCCCCGCUCCAAGUAAUGUUGGUCCCAUCCUGGGGUCUCCUGUCUACUCUGGUUCUCCUGUUCCUAGUGGUAGUACAUACCUGAAUCCAUCCUUUUUGGGAACACCAUCUCAAGGUGUUCAUCCUCCUGCUAUGUCAACUCCAGUGUGUGCUAUGGGAAAUCCAGCAACUCAGGCCACAAGUAUGAGUUGUAUGGCUGGACCAGAGAUUGUAUACUCUGGAAAACACAAUGGUAUUUGCAUUUACUUUUCUCGAAUCAUGGGAAACAUCUGGGAUGCUAGUUUAGUUGUGGAGAGAAUAUUCAAGAGUGGCAACAGAGAGAUCACUGCAAUUGAAAGUAGUGUUCCCUCACAGCUGCUGGAGUCAGUGCUACAAGAACUGAAAGGUUUGCAAGAAUUUCUAGACAGAAACUCCCAGUUUACAGGAGGACCAUUAGGAAAUCCAAAUACUACUGCCAAAGUGCAGCAGAGGCUGAUAGGAUUCAUGCGCCCUGAAAAUGGAAAUACCCAGCAAAUGCAACAGGAGCUGCAGAGGAAGUUUCAUGAGGCUCAACUGAGUGAAAAGGUUUCACUUCAGGCAAUCCAGCAGUUGGUUCGAAAAUCAUACCAGGCUCUGGCUUUAUGGAAACUUCUUUGUGAACAUCAGUUCACUGCCAUUGUAGGAGAACUUCAGAAGGAAUUUCAAGAACAGUUGAAAAUCACCACCUUUAAAGAUCUGGUAAUCAGGGACAAGGAACUGACCGGGGCAUUAAUUGCUUCUCUAAUCAACUGCUACAUCAGAGAUAAUGCUGCUGUUGAUGGCAUUAGUUUACACUUACAGGACAUCUGCCCACUGCUGUAUAGCACUGAUGAUGCAGUUUGUUCUAAGGCAAAUGAGCUUCUCCAGCGUUCCCGACAAGUUCAAAAUAAGAUUGAAAAGGAAAGAAUGUUAAGGGAAUCAUUAAAGGAGUAUCAAAAAAUCAGCAAUCAAGUGGACCUGUCCAGUGUUUGUGCUCAGUAUAGACAAGUGCGUUUUUAUGAGGGUGUAGUGGAGCUCUCUCUUACUGCUGCAGAGAAAAAAGAUCCUCAGGGUCUUGGACUGCAUUUCUAUAAACAUGGAGAACCAGAAGAAGACAUCGUGGGACUUCAGGCUUUCCAAGAAAGAUUAAACAGUUACAAGUGUAUUACAGAUACACUUCAAGAACUGGUAAAUCAAAGUAAGGCUGCUCCUCAGUCUCCCAGCGUGCCCAAAAAACCCGGACCUCCAGUGUUGUCGUCUGAUCCCAAUAUGCUGAGUAAUGAAGAAGCAGGCCAUCAUUUUGAACAAAUGCUUAAAUUGUCUCAAAGAUCCAAAGAUGAACUCUUUAGUAUUGCCCUUUAUAAUUGGCUAAUACAAGCUGACCUUGCAGAUAAACUGCUACAGAUUGCUUCUCCAUUUCUGGAGCCACAUCUAGUCCGAAUGGCCAAAGUUGAUCAAAACAAAGUUCGUUACAUGGAUUUACUCUGGAGGUAUUAUGAGAAGAACAGAAGUUUUAGCAAUGCUGCUCGUGUCCUAUCCAAAUUGGCUGACAUGCAUAGCACAGAAAUUUCACUUCAGCAGCGACUAGAGUACAUUGCUCGUGCCAUUCUUAGUGCCAAAAGUUCCACUGCCAUUUCAUCAAUAGCUGCAGAUGGUGAAUUCCUUCAUGAAUUAGAAGAAAAAAUGGAAGUUGCUAGGAUCCAACUUCAGAUACAAGAGACACUACAAAGGCAAUAUUCCCAUCAUUCUUCUGUACAGGAUGCAAUUUCUCAGCUGGACUCUGAGCUAAUGGACAUAACUAAGCUUUAUGGGGAAUUUGCUGACCCAUUUAAACUGGCAGAAUGUAAACUUGCAAUAAUUCAUUGUGCCGGUUAUUCAGACCCUAUACUGGUGCAGACACUUUGGCAAGAUAUCAUAGAGAAAGAACUGAAUGAAAGCGUGACAUUGAGCUCCCCAGACAGGAUGCAUGCUCUUAGUCUCAAGAUUGUGCUCCUUGGCAAGAUGUAUGCCGGCACACCUCGUUUCUUUCCUCUAGAUUUUAUUGUGCAGUUCUUAGAGCAGCAAGUUUGUACUUUGAACUGGGAUGUGGGUUUUGUGAUACAGACAAUGAAUGAAAUUGGAGUGCCAUUACCUAGACUACUGGAAGUAUAUGAUCACUUGUUCAAGUCACGGGAUCCAUUCUGGAACAGAAUGAAGACGCCACUGCACCUUUUGGAUUGUAUACAUGUACUAUUGACAAGAUAUGUUGAAAAUCCUAGCCAAGUUUUAAAUUGUGAGAGGAGAAGAUUCACAAAUCUCUGCCUGGAUGCCGUUUGUGGUUAUCUGGUUGAGCUCCAGUCUAUGAGCUCCUCAGUAACAGUACAGACCAUCACUGGGAAUUUUAAAUCUCUUCAGGCUAAACUAGAACGGCUUCAUUAAUUAUUGUAAUGUAUUUUCAUCCAUGCGUUUUGAUCUGUAAAAUAAAAGCUCAGCUGGGUCCAGAUUUCAGGUGCUAUAAGUCUAAGAAUUUAAGAAUAAUUUUAGUAGAAGCAUGUUUUUAAUAAGUGGCUGGUAUCAGCAGACAGUACAUUUGCAGGUGAAUUCUUUUUUACUACAUAAUACUACUUUGUUUUUUAAUAAUCAGGUUAAACAAAUGAAAUAAGAUUAUGAUUUUAACACAAAGAUAAAAAAAUAAAAAACUCUUAUUUUGAA